CUCAUAUUGCUCCUACUAAAUUACAAAAAUAUGAAGUAUUUUUUUCAAGCUAUCAAAAUGGAGUGUUCGCUGCAGAAUCACCUUUUCAACAACCGAGAUAAGCUCUUUAGUCCUCGACAAAAUCGAUGGGUUUCAAUAGAACAAUUCCGAGUAACAGAAUCUCUUCUCUCAAACUCAAUAAACAUGUUUCAUUAUAGUUGUCCAAUAUUGUCUACAAGAAGGAGCAAAAACCAUUCGAGAGUUUGUGCAACAAGGAGAAGAAGGGUACAUUCAAACUCGGAGACGUACGUACUAUUAGAGGCAGGACAAGAUGAGCAGUUUGUGUCGGAAGACGAACUCAAGGCUAAGCUCAGAGGGUGGCUCGAGAAUUGGCCGGUGGAGUUUUUGCCACCAGACCUGGCUAGGUUCGAUGACCUUGAUGAUGCGGUCGAUUUCUUGGUCAAAGCUGUAUGUGAACUUGAAAUUCAUGGAGAAGUAGGUUCUGUUCAAUGGUACCAAGUUCGUCUGGAGUAAAUAAACAUAUCAUGUAUGUUAUUCUUUUAAAGGUAAUAAGCACAUUUCCUUGAAUUAGUAGUUCUUUAUACAUAACUGUUGUUGUCGUGGUCGUGGAUGUUAAAUUCGGUGUGUUUAUUAUUAUAAUCGUAGAAAAGAAUUAAGGUCAAA